AAAAACGCGAGAAGAGAUAUAAAUGAGACUCUCACUUAUUCCACGGAGGUUUAGUGUUUUACUGAAAGAAGGUAAGGAUCGUGUGUAUGUGCGAGUGUUGAUUUUUUCGAAAGAGAUUUUGGUGGAUCGAAAAAGAUGAGAUUAGCUUUAGUAGUAUUAGCUGCUUGUGCAGCAGCAGUAGCCACUCCUGCGAUCAACCAAAUCAGGCCGGUUUCCAACAGACCAGGUCGCUUCUUGUCCUUGCCAAAUCCGCAGAAAUGCGCCAACAGACCGAAACAGUUCUUUUUCCGAGGCCACAAUUACUUCUUCAGUGGUCACGUACCUGAACUAGCCAACCGCAAAGUCGACUGGUUGGACGGCAGGAACAUCUGCAGAGAGUACUGCAUGGACUUGGUCUCGCUAGAGACACAGGAAGAAAACAACAUGAUCUUCCGCCUCAUCCAGCAAAACGACGUCCCGUACAUCUGGACUUCGGGAAGACUGUGCGACUUCAAGGGCUGCGAGAACCGCGCCGACUUGGAACCCAAAAACGUCUACGGCUGGUUCUGGUCCGCCAACCGCGAGAAGAUGGCGCCCACCAACCAGACGCCCAGCGGCUGGGGCUACAACCCGUGGUCCUCCACCGGGCACAAGAAGCAGCGCCAGCCCGACAACGCCGAAUUCGACAUCAACGGCACCAGCGAGUCGUGUCUUUCCAUCCUCAACAACGUCUACAACGACGGGAUCGCCUGGCAUGACGUUGCUUGCUACCACGAGAAGCCCGUCGUCUGCGAGGACUCCGAGGAGUUGCUCAACUAUGUAGCUGCCACGAAUCGCGGAAUUCGUCUCUAAAUUAUUCUAAUUUUAAGUGCAUUUUAUAUUCCGAUGUGUAAAUGAUAAAUUUGAGUAUUUAUUUUUGAUAAACACUAUGUAACCGAUCAUGUGAAGUACCUAAACAAUAAAUUAUGUUUUAAUAA